AUGGCUUCCCCUAGUGUUCUCGCUUUUGACGCUGAGGGUCGAGCCAUUGACUUUGAGGUUUGGGUAGAUGACCUGCAGCUCUUCUUACAGUGCAAUAGGGCAGACGGUCUCUCCCUCUUUGACCUCACCUCUGGCGCCUCUCCUGCCCCGGCUGCUGAUGCUGACCCCACUGUUCGCUCCCAGUGGGCCACGCGCGAUGCUGUUGCACGUCUUGCUGUGCGUCGCCACCUGCCUACCUCUGAGCGCGCGCACUCUAGUCAGUACAAGAGUGCUCACACCUUAUACGACGCUGUAGUUGCGCGGUACUCUUCCCCUGCCACUGCUGCACUGAGCCGCCUCAUGCUACCGUACCUCUUUCCUGACCUUGCUGCCUUUCCCACAGUCGCUGACCUCGUUACGCACCUCCGCACUAGUGACACUCGCUACCGCGCCGCACUUCCUGCUGAGUUCUGCGCCAAGAAUCCCCCCCCCAUGUACAUCACUCUCUACUAUAUAGUCACUUGCCUCCUUGACUCCCUUCGCGUAGUCAGGGACCACUUCCUCUCAGUCUGUCCCACUACUCUCACUGUUGACCUCCUAGAGAAGGCCCUCCCCGCAGCGGAGAAGAGCAUAGUUGCUGUAGGAGCCUCUCGUGGUGACCCUCGCACCCCCAUCUUUGAGGGGUGUUCCCCUUCCCCCCUUUUGCCCUCUGUCGCCUCUGCUGCUGCGGCCGACCUCGUUGGUCUUGAGUCGGUCGGUGCGGCGUCUGCCCCUAGCGGGAGACGCCGCUCUGGCAAGGGCAAGGGGGGCAAGGGCGCGGGUGGGGCUAGCGGGGGUGGUGGAGGUGGCGGUGGGGGCGGCGGGGGGAGUGGGGGUGGCGGUGGGAGUGGUGGCGGGGGUGGAGGUGGCGGUGGCAGCGGCGGAGGCGGAGGCGGCGGUGGCGGUAGCAGUGGGAGCGGAGGCGGCUGUGGCGGCGGAGGUGGAGGCGCCGGUGGUGGAGGAGGUGGAGCUGGUCGGGGUGGUACUUCUCAGCGGAGCGGCUCCGGGAGUGGUCAGCGCCAGCAGCAGCAGCAGCGUUCUCGGGACAUCCCCCUUCCUCAGCAGCUCCGCGUAGCUAUGUUUGAUCUUGACUUUGAUGCUAUCCUUGCUGCCAUGUAUGCUGUGACUAUUAGUGAUGAGGGUGACUGUUACCGGUGUUUCCCGCCCGACCCGGGCAUUGGUACUGCUGCUCUAGGUACUGGUGAGGCUGCUGCUCUAGGUGCCAGUGCGUCCGCGCCCUUAGGUGCUGGUGAGUCUGCGCUCUCAGGUACCACGUCGGCUUCGGCCUCCCUCACCUUCACACUUGACUCAGGGGCUUCUCGCUCCUUCUUUCGAGACCGCACCACACUCACGCCGCUUGGUCGGCCAGUUGCAGUCUCCUUGGCAGACCCCUCUGGGGGUCCUGUCCUCUCUCACUUCUCCACUGUCCUCCCGUGUCCGGCUGCCCCCUCUGGCACCUUGUCUGGUCUUUACCUCCCCUCGUUCUCUACAAACUUGGUGAGUGGUGCUGACCUGCAGGAUACGGGGGUUCACCAGUUCACUCCUGCGAGUCAGCGGGUGACCCACUGCACGGACGCUCGGACAGGCCGACACCUGGCCACGUUUACUCGUCGGCCGGGGUCGAGCCUGUACACCUUGACCACUGAGUCUCCUCCAGUCACUGCGUCUGGUAAGGUAGCUGCGUCGGGUCAGGUGUUUGCUGCAGCGUCCAGGUCUGGUCCUGAGUCUGCCCCCUGCUCGUGUCGCCUCCUGUCUCACGAGACUCUCCUCUGGCACCACCGUCUUGGUCACCCCUCCCUGCCUCGUCUCCGAGGCAUGGCUUCCCGUGUCCUUGUCUCUGGUCUUCCCCGGUCCCUCCCUCCCCUUCCUCCGGGGCCUGGUCCUUCCUGUGUCCCCUGUGUCGAGGGGCGGCUCCGAGCUGCCCCUCACACCUCUCAGUUUCCCCCCACAGAGGCCCCAUUGCAGACGCUUCACAUGGACGUGUGGGGCCCGGCCCGCGUACGUGGAGAGGGUCACGAGCGCUACUUCCUGCUGGUGGUUGACGACUACUCGCGUUACACCACAGUCUUCCCCUUGCGCAGCAAGGGUGAUGUCGCUGAGUUGUUGAUCGACUGGAUCCGCGCAGCUCGUCUCCAGCUCAGGAGGAGCUUCGGCUCGGACUUUCCUGUUCUGCGUCUGCACUCUGACCGAUGCGGAGAGUUCUCCUCUGGCCUUCUGCGAGCCUACUGUCGUGCGCGAGGCAUCCGCCAGACCUUUACGCUCCCGGACUCUCCACACCAAAAUGGGAUUGCUGAGCGCCGCAUUGGCAUGGUCAUGGACGUCGCUCGUACGUCCAUGAUGCAUGCGGCUGCCCCCCAUUUUCUGUGGCCGUUUGCGGUUCGGUACGCGGCGCAUCAGAUCAACCUUCACCCCAGGGUCUCCAGACCGGAGACCUCCCUAGCCUUGCUGUGGACGGGGAAGGUCGGCGAUGCGUCUGCGUUCCGUGUCUGGGGAUCUCGGGCGUUUGUCCGCGACUUGUCUGCGGACAAGCUGUCCCCUCGUGCUGCUCCCUGUGUCUUCCUUGGCUUCCCCCCUAACACCCCUGGGUGGCAGUUCUACCACCCCACCUCUCGUCGUGUCCAGGACGUCACGUUCGAUGAGUCAGUACCCUACUACCGCCUCUUCCCCUACCGCACUCCUUCCCUCCCCCCGCCACCGCACUUCCUUGUGCCAGUCGAGGUUCCUAGUGACUCUGGUACUGCUGCGGGUGCUGAGCCUGGGGGUGCUGACUCUAAGGGUGCUGCGCGCGUGGGUGCUGAGCCUGGGGGUGCUGGGUCUGGGGAUGCUGCGACUAGGGGUGCUGAGCCUGGGGGUGCUGAGCCUGGGGGUGCUACGACUUGGGGUGCUGAUCCUGGGGGUGCUACGACUGGGGGUGCUGAGCCUGAGGGUCCUUCGCCUGGGGGUGCUGCGUCUGGAGCUGCUGAGCCUGGGGGUGCUGAGUCUGGAGCUACUGAGACUGGGGGUGCGGAGCCCGCGGCCGCUGGACCUGCUCGUGUGGCGUCUGGCGGUGCUGGGCCUGCUGGUUCUCCGGGUGCUUCGUCUCGGCGGGAGCCACUCUCUCCACAGGAGAUGCGCGAGUGGUUUGCCCGGCGCUGGAGGCGUACUACUGGAGCUGGUGCUUCUUCGACUGCUGAGGGUGCUGGUGCCGCCGGUCUGGGAGGUGCUAGUCCUGCGAGUGCUACUGGAGUCGGAGCUGCUGAGGGUGUUGGCGCUGAGGCUACUGCUUUCAGUCCUGGCGGCGGUCCUGCUGCCGGUGCUACUGGUGCUGCUGGAGGUACUGGAGCUGGAGGUGUUGUUGACGCAGUCCUCUCUUCCUGUGCUUGCCGACCCUGA